CUUCUCGUAAGUUUGCGCAAGGUGCACUUUGCAAAAAUCAGAAAUUGCCGGUUCGUGAAGUGAAAAACUGAAAAAUUGAACAAAGAAUUUGCACUUUGACACGAGCCGAACGGUCCGAGAAAUGUUUCUCGAAUCAAUACUCUUAUUAUCUUAUCUUUCUCCUUGAGACCAUAACUGAUUCCUGUGAAUAGUUAAAAUUUCUUCGCGCUCAUAAUCAACUACAAUAAAUUUAUAAAUGUAUUUAGUGACAAAAAUGCAGAGGAGUUCGAGGGUAAUGAUGCCUUCAAGAGUAGUAAGAAAUAUCGCAAACAAGUGGCUAAAUGUGCAGCAAAAAACAACCCAGGGUGUUCAAUCGGCAAGGGAUGCCGUUUUUCGUGGUGGACUUAUAGUCGUCUGUGCUGUCUUGAUUGUUUGGAUAUCAAUUUUCCUUUACACUGCUUUUUACUACGCCUACAUGCCCAGCAUGUCCUAUGUUCGACCGGUGCAUUUACAAUUUAAAUCUUGUGAUGAUGAAAAAGGAAUUUGCAGUUUUCCUUCCGCCCAUGUUCAGCUGACAAAGAAGCAACAACUGUUGAUGGUUGGUCAGCCAUACAAAGUCAAUUUACAUUUAGAAAUGCCAGAAUCCCCCGCCAACAAAGAAUUAGGAAUGUUCAUGGUUUGUGCUCAGUUGCGUAGUCGAGAUGGUGUACUCGUAGAGCACUCUUGUCGUUCUGCGAUGCUUCAUUACAGAAGUACAUUACUACACAUUUUAACGACUCUUACAUUUUCGCCAAUGAUGAUUUUUGGAACUCAGGAGGAAAAGCAGAAUAUCGUCCUCGAGUUGUUUGGAAAUUUCGAGGAAGACCAAAGUCAUCCAGUGACGCUUGUAUACGUGGAAAUACAAUCACGUCACAUAGAAUUUUAUUCAGCAACGAUAAUGAUCAACGCUCAUUUGUCGGGUCUGCGCUAUUUGAUGUUUCACUGGCCCAUUCUAUCUGCCAUUGUUGGCAUUGGUACCAACUUGUUUUUCAUAGCUCUUGUCUGUACUCUAUCCUACCUCCACUUCGCCCUCGAGGAAGACAAUUCGGACGAUGAUUUUGGUUUCGAAAAGGGCGAAUUUGAGGAAGAGAAGGAACUCAAAUCGAAUAAUGACCAAUCUUCGGACACGUCAUCAAUGGAGGAAGACGCUUCCAUGUUGGAAGAUAGUCCCAAGAAUGAAGAAGGUCAAUCGUCAAGUUUGAUGGACCCAGUCAUGGAGAAACCCAGCUACAUUCAGGAAAUUUCGUCGCUAAUUGCAGAAUCAACUGCAGGAGAGUUAUCUAAAUAGGCUUAUUUAUAACCAUUUUAAGAGAGAAGAACAUGGACUGGUUUAAUAGAAUUUCGAGUCAAGUACGUAGAUUUAUAUUUCGAGGAAAUUACUGUCAAUUACUACACACCCAUGCUGUGUAAAAGAUAAAAUAUUCUAAAUUGUAGAAAGUGAAAAUUGACGAACAUCUAGAUUGAGAAGCUUCUUUUUCAGAGAUGGAUCAAAGAACUCUUGGGGAGUUUUGAUGAAGAAAAUGAACAGAGAAAGAAGACUAUUCAUUUCUGAAUAGUAAAUAUGCACUAUGUCAUAUUUUGUAAAUAUCUUUUAGUUUUUCCGCAAACAAUGCGUUCUCUUGUUCAUAAGUAUAUUUGAUAUAUUUGAAUUAGUCUUUAAGCGAUCAAAUUAAAAUAGUAUAUUUACUGUCUCAGACAUAUAUAAUUUAUGUAUUUUAUUUUAUAAACGACUCAGAGCAUAAUAUAUAUAUUGUCGUAUAUCGUAAAUUGUUAAGUGACCUGUAAAAUGUGAGUGUAUAAACUUUCCUCUUUACAUUGCA